CAGGAGACAGGUUGUUCCUGUUCAGUUUUUACUGAGGAGAGACACACAGACGGACAGACGAUCAAAGUGUGUGUGAGCUGAUGUGGAUGUGAGUUCAGCAGCAUGAGUCAGUGUGAGGACAGAGAGGAGGGAGUCCCUCCCUCUAAAAGGACUCAGUGGGGACCUGGACCUGGACCUGGACCUGAACCUGAACCUGAACCCAGCUGUGCGUCCUUUAGGAGUGACCGGUCCAAUGAUCAGCUCAUUUAUUUAAAGGGAAAAGUUGCUGCUUUAAAGAAGAUCUAUGAGAGACCAGACUCUGCUGGACCUGGACCUGGACCCAGCUGUGUGUCCUUCAAGAGCGACCUGUCAAAAGGGAUCGUCACCGACUUUAAAGAAAGACAAUCAUGUGACAUAAAGAUCUAUGGGAGACCAGACUCUGCUGGACCUGGACCUGGACCUGGACCCAGCUGUGUGUCCUUCAAGAGCGACCUGUCAAAAGGGAUCGUCACCGACUUUAAAGAAAGACAAUCAUGUGACAUAAAAGUGGACCAGGAGAGCUCAGAGGUUCCCAGUGGUCAGUCUGCCCAGCAGCAUCAAACACACCUGGACUCCAUAUUUAUGCUGCUGGAGGACAACCUUGUCACUUUUGUGAAGAACGAGCUGAAGAAGAUCCAGAAGGUUCUAAGUUCAGAUUACCCAGAAUGCUUAGAGAGUCAGAGGGAGGAUGAGGAGGUGUUGGACAGUGAGGAUGAAGAGCAGAGGAGGAGCAGCAGAGAGGCAUUUCUGAAGAUCACAGUGCACUUCCUGAGGAGAAUGAAGCAGGAGGAGCUGGCUGACUGUCUGCAGAGCAGAAGUUCUUCUGGAGUUUGUCAGCGUGAACUUAAAUCCAACCUAAAGAAGACGUUUCAGUGUGUGUUUGAGGGGAUUGCUAAAGCAGGAAACCCAACCCUUCUGAACCAGAUCUACACAGAGCUCUACAUCACAGAGGGAGGGACUGCAGAGGUCAAUGAUGAACAUGAGGUCAGACAGAUUGAAACAGCAUCCAGGAAACCACACAGACCAGAAACAACAAUCAGACAAGAAGACAUCUUUAAACCCUCACCUGGGAGAGAUGAACCAAUCAGAACAGUGAUGACAAAGGGAGUGGCUGGCAUUGGGAAAACAGUCUUAACACAGAAGUUCACUCUGGACUGGGCUGAAGACAAAGCCAACCAGGACAUACAGUUCACAUUUCCAUUCACUUUCAGAGAGCUGAAUGUGCUGAAAGAGAAAAAGUACAGCUUGGUGGAACUUGUUCAUCACUUCUUUACUGAAACCAAAGAAGCAAGUAUCUGCAGGUUUGAAGAGUUUCAGGUUGUGUUCAUCUUUGAUGGUCUGGAUGAGUGUCGACUUCCUCUGGACUUCCACAACACUAAGAUCCUGACUGAUCCUACAAAGUCCACCUCAGUGGAUGUGCUGCUGACAAACCUCAUCAGGGGGAACCUGCUUCCCUCUGCUCGCCUGUGGAUAACCACAAGACCUGCAGCAGCCAAUCAGAUCCCUCCUGGGUGUGUUGACAUGGUGACAGAGGUCAGAGGGUUCACUGACCCACAGAAGGAGGACUACUUCAGGAAGAGGUUCAGAGAUCAGGAGCAGGCCAGCAGAAUCAUCUCCCACAUCAAGACAUCACGAAGCGUCCACAUCAUGUGCCACAUCCCAGUCUUCUGCUGGAUCACUGCUACAGUUCUGGAGGAUGUGUUGAAGACCAGAAAGAGAGGAGAACUGCCCAAGACCCUGACUGAGAUGUACAUCCACUUCCUGGUGGUUCAGUCCAAGCUGAAGAACAUCAAGUAUGAUGGAGGAGCUGAGACAGAUCCACACUGGAGUCCAGAGAACAGGGAGAUGAUUGAGUCUCUUGGAAAACUGGCUUUUGAGGAGCUGCAGAAAGGCAACCUGAUCUUCUAUGAAUCAGACCUGACAGAGUGUGGCAUCAAUAUCAGAGCAGCCUCAGUGUACUCAGGAGUGUUCACACAGAUCUUUAAAGAGGAGAGAGGACUGUACCAGGACAUGGUCUUCUGCUUCAUCCAUCUGAGUGUUCAGGAGUUUCUGGCUGCUCUUCAUGUCCAUGUGACAUUCAUCAGCUCUGGAGUCAAUCUGCUGGCAGAAGAACAAUCAACUUCCCAGAAGUCUGAAACAAGAAAAGAAGAAUCAGCAGAGACACAGUUCUACCAGAGUGCUGUGGACAAGUCCUUACAGAGUCCAAAUGGACACCUGGACUUGUUCCUCCGCUUCCUCCUCGGACUUUCACUGCAGACCAAUCAGACUCUCCUACGAGGUCUGCUGACACAGACAGGAAUUAGCUCAAAAACCAGUGAGGUAGCAGUCGAGUACAUCAAGAAGAAGAUCGAAGAGACUCCCUCUCCAGAGAGAACCAUCAAUCUGUUCCACUCUCUGAAUGAACUGAAUGAUUGUUCUCUAGUGGAUCAGAUCCAACAGUCCCUGAGUUCAGGACGUCUCUCCACCGCUCAACUGUCUCCUGCUCAGUGGUCAGCUCUGGUCUUCAUCUUACUGUCAUCAGAAAAAGAUCUGGACGUGUUUGACCUCAAGAAAUACUCUGCUUCAGAGGAGGCUCUUCUGAGGCUGCUGCCAGUGGUCAAAGCCUCCAACAAAGCUCUACUGAGUGGCUGUAACCUCUCAGAGAGAAGCUGUGAAGCUCUGUCCUCAGUUCUCAGCUCCCAGUCCUCUAGUCUGAGAGAGCUGGACCUGAGUAACAACAACCUGCAGGAUUCAGGAGUGAAGCUUCUGGCUGCUGGACUGGAGAGUCCACAUUGUGAACUGGACACUCUCAGGCUGUCAGGCUGUCUGAUCACAGAGGAAGGCUGUGCUUCUCUGGUCUCAGCUCUGAACUCCAACCUCUCCCAUCUGAGAGAGCUGGACCUGAGUAACAACAACCUGCAGGAUUCAGGACUGAAGCUUCUGUCUGCUGGACUGGAGAGUCCACUUUGUACACUAGAAACUCUCAGGCUGUCAGGCUGUCUGAUCUCAGAGGAAGGCUGUGCUUCUCUGGCCUCAGCUCUGAGCUUCAACCCCUCCCAUCUGAGAGAGCUGGACCUGAGCUACAAUCAUCCAGGAGACUCAGGAGUGAAGCUGCUGUCUGCUGCACUGGAGGAUCCACAGUGGAGACUGGACACUCUCAGGGUGGAGCCUGCUGGAGUCCGAUGGUUGAGACCAGGUCUGAGGAAGUAUUCCUGUGAACUCACAGUCGACACAAACACAGUGAACAGAAACAUCAAACUGUCUGACAACAACAGGGAGAUGAUUAAUGUGGAGGAGGAUCAGUCAUAUCCUGAUCAUCCAGACAGAUUUGACUGCUGGUAUCAGCUGCUGUGUAGAAAUGUUCUGACUGGUCGCUGUUACUGGGAGGUCGAGUGGAGAGAAAGAGUUUCUAUAUCAGUGAGUUACAGAGGAAUCAGCAGGAGAGGAAACAGUAAAGACUGUGUGUUUGGAGGGAAUGAUCAGUCCUGUAGUCUGUACUGCUCUGAUGGUGGUUACUCUGUCUGGCACAAUAAGAGUGAAACACCCAUCUCCUCCUCUUCCUCCUCCUCCUCCUCCUCCCCCUCCUCCUCCUCCUCUCGUAGAGUAGCAGUGUAUGUGGACUGUCCUGCUGGCACUCUGUCUUUCUAUAAAGUCUCCUCUGACACACUUAUCCACCUCCACACCUUCAACACCACAUUCACUGAACCUCUUUAUCCUGGAUUUGGACUCUGGUCCAGUCCUGGUUCCUGGGUGUGUGUGAGUCCUGUGUAGGAGGGAGAAUCUCAGAUCAGUUCAGUCUGUACAGGAUCACAGUUCCAUCCAUCUUUCAGGUGGUUGUUGUGUCUUUCGUAGUGUUAACUUGUUUUUCCUUUCGUUUGAUAUGUAUGCUCUGUUUGUUUGUUUGUUCAUAUAUGUAUAUUCUGAUUCUGUUUUUGUUAUCUUGUGUCAUCAGGUCAAAUAAAGUUA